CCUCCUCCUCGGCGCAUGCGGGCCUGGCCUCCUUUGCCCUUCCCCCUCCGGAUCCGGCCCGCCACGUCAGGCGCCGGGAAGCGGCUGCGGGCGCGUCUCGCUGAGGGGGAGGCCAUGGCGGAGCUCUACGUGAAGCCGGGGAACCGGGAGCGCGGCUGGAACGACCCGCCUCAGUUCUCGUACGGCCUGCAGCAGCUUCAGGCUUCCGGGGCAGGAGGCGGCGGCGGCGGCGGCAAGCGGGGGAUCCUGACGCGACGCCCGGCAGCGGCUCCGGGAGCAGCACCGCCGCCUCCUCCUCCUCACGGGCCAGCACCUGGUCCAGAAAGUGCUACCUGCUCAGCAGCGUCGUCAGCUCUUCCACCGCCACCGGUGGGCUUGCCUCCUCCUGGUUUGCCAAGCCGCUCUGUGAGGGUAGAUGCCACAAACCAACCCGUCACUGAGGCUGGAGAGGAUUGCCAUGUGGAAGAUGUUCUUGCCCCCUUGAAUGAGGCUCUGGCCAAUUGCAGGAGAUCUGUACCAAAACAGGUUUGUGAUGACAUCAGCAAGCGCUUAGGAAUCCUGCAGCAGAUGUGGGUACAAGGGAAACUCUCUGCCCCAGUGAGAAAGGGAAUGAAGAUUCUGACACAAGAGCUCAAGAAGCGGCACUGGGAUGCAGCUGAUGAGAUCCAUCGCUCACUAAUUGUGGACCAUGUCACUGAAGUGAGCCAGUGGAUGGUAGGAGUGAAAAGGCUCAUUGCAGAAACAAGAAACUUGCAUACAGAAGAUCUGGCCACAGAAGAUUACGAGCAAAAAGUUGAAACCUCUUUGGAACCAGAAUGCCAGUAAGAUUAGGCCACGUCCAAGGAGUUGGCAGUAUAAGACUGGGCCCACAGGGGACUGAAUUCCUAAGCAGCAGAGGAAGGCGUUUUAUCUCCUGAGCAUUGGUGACCUACUCAAGUUAACUUUUGCCAAUCUGACCAAAGCUCAAAGCUUAAGGAGAAUCUCUCAAGUAAGCUGGAGAAUUCUGUGCAGCUAUUUGAAAUUGGUGACUGUGGUUAAAAAUAGCCAGCCCUUUCUGGACUUGGUACAAAUGGAAGGAAGUGACUUGGUGAUGCAAUUGUAAUGCAAGUGUACAAUGAAAGUCCAGACUGAUACAUGUGGUACUGAAACUAAGAGCUUGCACUUACAGCUACUGCUGCUCUGAAGUUCAUUUCAGUCUGGAUAAGGUUCCUGGUCUUCAUCUACAGGCAACAACCAAUUUAUGUGUGACUGCACGCAUGCGCAUUGCGGCAACCCAGAAGUGGCUGGAAAAUGGGGAGGUGUGGGCUUGUGCAUGCUCCUCCACUGGACACAAUGACCUCAAACGCACCCCCCCACACAGAUGUACCUUGUAUUUUUCAUUCAAAUCUUUCUAGGAAAAUGUAGACUGUACAAAAGUGAG